AUGCUGGCAUGCCCUCUCCCGUGUGUCGCUAGCGUCCCGUUUCAGGAGAACACCACCGAGGCAGAAAAUUCACAAUCUGGAUCCUUCUCACACUGCAGUCCCGCUAUCUAUCAAUGCAGCCAGGCCGGCUUGGAUGAACUUCCUAAUCGAACGGGAGCCGAGGACACGGCGCUGUUUUGCAACUCAAGCGGGCCGUGGCUGAAUGAAAGGAACCUCUGCCACUUCUACUACACUGCCCGCAUCAACACGCGCUGCGUCGACGUCGACAAGUGCAAUAUGGUGGCCUUCCGAUGUCCGAAAGCAAGGAUCGAGUUGACGCUGGCAGCCAUAGGAGCCCUGUUGCUCCUCGUCGCCUCUUCGAGCCUGCUCAUCUACCGGGUGUUGGUGCUGAUCUAUCCGCGAAUGGCAUAUACCGGCACGGCCAACAUCGCCAAGCGCGAGCAGUUGAGCCUCCGCAUCCAGCAGGCCUCCUUCAAGCAGGGCCAUCGUAACCCGGGAUUUUCCGGAGAUGAACCGGCAACCGGCAAACCCCACGCGGAUCCGGACGAGGAGCAGUACGUCGAGAUACGGCUUGACGAUGGGCCAGCGGAAUCCGAGCGUCGA